GUAUUAGCCUUUUUAUGCACGUUCAACCCUCUUCUAUCACAGACUGGAAUUAAACUGAAUCCUGGCGCUGAUAAUUCACUCCCUCGGGUGCCACUUUUUUUUUUUUAAUCAUUUCCGUCCCCUUUAUAUUGCAUUAUUUAUUUAUUUUUGACUUGAUAGAGUCGUUAUUUAGCUUCUCAAGCGCUUCUCAGCCCCCCUCUCUCUCCCUCUUCCCUCGACCGUCUUGCUCUCUGGGAGCGCAGCGCUCUUCCAACAUCUGAAAUUGAACAGGAAAGGCUGCAGCAACAGACGCGGCGGUGCAGUGACCAUGGGUUUUCUUUUACAAGUUUUCUACUAAAAGCUGAUAGCAAGAGGGACAUCCCUCCGCAACUCCCACGGAUCCAACUUUCCAGCAAGACAAAAACUAGAGUCAGCAGGUAAAAAGAGACAGAGGCAUAAGAGAGUGGACAAGUGCAAAAGGAGCGGCGUGAGCAGGUGAAAACAGUCGAUGGAUGCUGUCCGGAUUGAGGGGACAGCACGUUCUUCACUGACGAGGAAAAGAAAGCUUUCAAAAUUGAGUCGAAGGACAGAAACUCGCCGUCAGGCAUGGUGUGUGAGAAGGGGAUCCAGAUCCUUCUCACCACCGUGGGGGCAUUCGCUGCCUUCGGCCUGAUGACGGUGGCAAUAGGGACGGACUACUGGCUGUACUCCCGUGCCCUCAUCUGCAACAGCACAGCCAACAACUCAGCGGAUGAUCCCCAUAAUAAGGACAAGAAGGACCCUGGUGCACUCACCCACUCUGGGCUGUGGAGAAUAUGCUGCUUGGAAGGAGUGAAGAGAGGCGUAUGUUCUCAGAUCAACCACUUCCCAGAGGAUGCAGACUUUGACCAUGACGGGGCAGAGUACGUCCUACGGGUAGUCAGGGCUUCCAACAUCUUCCCAAUCCUUAGUGCCAUCCUGCUGCUGAUGGGAGGGGUUUGCAUUGCUGCCAGUCGUUUCUAUAAAAGCAAAAGGAACAUCAUCCUUGGUGCAGGAAUCCUCUUUGUGGCUGCAGGUCUGAGUAACAUAAUUGGUGUGAUCGUCUACAUCUCGGCUGCACUAGGAGAUAUUUCCCCCAAGAAGGAUGAGGAUAAGAAGUGGCAGUACUCGUAUGGUUGGUCCUUUUAUUUCGGAGGCCUGUCUUUCAUCAUGGCUGAAAUGGUGGGGGUGCUGGCUGUCAACAUCUACAUAGAGAAAAACAAGGAGCUUCGCUGUCGCUCUCGCACCGACAUUUUCAAGAGCACCACGCACGCCAUGCUCCGUCUGCCCAGCUACCGUUUCCGCCGCCGCUCCCGCUCCUCCUCGCGCUCCACCGACCCCUCGCGCUCCCGAGACCCCUCGCCUGUGGGAGGAGUUGGAGGGAAGAACUUCGGCCUGCCCCCUUCCGCACUGCUCUCCCAGGGGCCCAUCUCAGUGUCCACUUUACCGAACCCCCACUCUCGCUCCCACACGGCCCUUGCCGGAGGCGACAUCUCCCUCUACACGUUGUCCCGUGACCCCAAACUGGGAGGCCUGCCGCCCAUGUACGGAACUGUGGACAGGGCCACGCUCUACCAGCUCCACAACUGCUUCCCCAAGGAUGGGGGCGGAGGGGGAGUGUUGAUGAGUGGCACGCUGCCCUCGCUCAAGUCCCACAACCCUUCCAAUUCCACCAACUCCAGCGCUCCCAUGGCCAACUCCGUGGGCUCGGGCCCUCCACCUUUCACGUCAUCCACAGUAGACAGGGAACGAGGGAUGGGGACUCUGGACAGGCUGAAGGGAGACAGGGAGAGCAACUCUAACACCCUCAAUAGGAAGACAACACCCGUGUAGAGGGGGAUGAGGAGGAAAGGAGAGGAAGAGGAAGGGUUGAGGUUAAGCAUAGAAGGGAGCACUCGUGCGGCUCAACAAGAAAUAGAUAGAAACAUGAACAGAAAGCUGAAACUUGAUAACCCUCCUCAAUCUUCACUGUUAAUUAGUCUACUCAAGCUCACUGACAACAAAAAGAAGAGUAAUAACUGAGCGAUAAUAACAACAACAAUGAACUUUCACAAUAAAACUAUUUUGAUAUUUUAAUGUGCUAGAACUGAUUUAUUUUGUUAACAAUCAAACGCAAUUAACCUUGGGCUACUACGACAAUGUUUCACACCAUUUCUGUGCAAUAUUACUGCUAACGUAUCCCAAUUAUCAUUUAUAAAAAUUGUUGUUGUGAUUAUUCUUGGCGUUAUUAUAGGCUAAGUUGUAUUUGCAAACACUAGUUUGGAAUGAAAUUUUCCUUUUUUCCUUUUUAUUCACUCUAAUUUUAGAUUUCAAUGACUUUUACUGUGAAUUCUUCCAUGCAGAGCCACUGGGGCCGUUGACGAGCUGUGUGUAACUGUGUCGAAGUGUCAAGCAUGAGUGUGUGCACAAAAUGUGGGAGAAUGAGAGCCUAUUAUUUUUUUAACCCCCAUAUUAUAGAAUUUUUGUUUAUAAUAUGAACUUCUAUGUGAAUACUGUAAAUUGUCUUCCAAUAUUGAUACUAAAAGAAAUGCAACAAUAAUGUGAGUGACUGAGACCACUGAUCAACUUCGUUGUACGAAUGUGAGUUUUCUAUGGGCCUCUGUUAGUCUUAUUUCCAUUCAAAUCAGUGUUAACGGUAGUACUUGUAGCUUUAGUCGUGUUGACGAUGUUUGUUCUUGGGCAUUAAGAACACCUCUGAUUGGAGGAAUCAGAAAAAAAAUAAUGAAAUGAAAUAACUCAUUUGUACAGAAUCAGUUGAAGGUUGUUGCCUGAGCAGAAAAACAAAGAAAACAUCUUUUUUUCCUUUUUUCUCUGUAUGAAAAGUCCCAAAGUGACACAAGCAAAUCAUCAUUUUCAGCGGCAAAAAAUGUGUGUAUGUGGGUUAAGAGUGUUCAUAAAGAAGAGAAAAAAAAGACUUUUGAGACAACUGUUUGACAACAUAUGUGUACAUUGUAAUUUACACAUUCAUAUAUUUGUAAAGUCUAUAGAUGCAUUUUUUUUGGGGUUGGGUCACAGUUCAUGCAUUUUGGGCAGGGCAGGUUUGUCUGAAGUGUUGUGAUCCCAGUGCCCGUUUCUGGAGCCCUGUCGGCUGGUUUCAUCCCUACCUGGUCACACGUGAGUGUUUCUUCCCCCUUAUCUGCUUCACCAUCCCCAAAAAAGAUUAUUUUCACUGUGCUUCCCUUGUAACUGCCAGCUCCUCAGUCUGAAUCGUUUAUGUUCAUGAGAAUGUAAACAUGUAACCCCCACUGUCUUCUAAACUGUGUGGAGUGACCACGGAUCCAGGGUGUCACCCUGGAUACACCUGCUAUGAUAAAAUGAAGAAACAAAAUAAUUAUCAGAUGCUUCCAGAUUCUUUACAUUUUUCAUUUCUUUGAUUUCAUUUCUGAAAAAGAAUAAUGUGAAAAAAAACUGCACACAGAUAGCAUUUAUGUGGGCAAUAUGAACAGUAUGUAGUUGAGAAUAGAAUAUAUCUAGAAAAAUGAUUAUGGUUUAUCUAACUGUGUGAUAAACUCAAACACUGUAUUGCACGACUUUUAUAAAAAAACAAUAACAGCGAUAUUCACAGACUUCUGUCUUUUGUUUGAUUGAUUUUUUUUAUUGAUAAGAGACUGUUGUGUCUUGUGAAGCAGUGACUGAGCACAUGUAGUCUGAAUUUUUAUACUACUGUUUGUGAAAAAAAAAAAAAC